AUGUCAGUGCACGGACAGGACUGGUUCUCAUCCUCCCGUCCCCACUCCUUGGCGGCGGCACCCUGGCCGGUAGGCACAGGUAAUCUGUACGGUAUGGCCGGGUUCGCAUCAUGUAUCUUUUUCGAAGAUCAGCAGAAACCGUUAUAUAGCGCUACCGCCUAA